AUGCCGACCCUCCGCCACUCGAUCCCCCGUCUCGCGCGCCCCAGCUCCGCCAUCCCCCUUCCUCCGCCUCUUCCCCGAUGCCAUUCCCGCGGCCUGCGCAAUCUCCCAAGCGGCCUCCGCAGUCUCCCCUUCCCCCUCCCCCUGCUGCUGCUGCUCGUCGCGCUGCUCCCCCAUGCGCCCGUCGCUGCCGGUCUCCUGCGUCUCAAGUCACCGCAGCAGCUCAGCUACUCCUUCGCGUCCACCGAUGCCGACUUCGGUAAGCUCUUCUCCAUCCGCCCCCAGACAAUAAGCCUCGAGUUGCCGCAGCAGCUCGGCUACUCCUUCGCCUCCGGCGACGCCGACUACGGCCCCGUCAUCCCGUUCAGCGGCUUCUGGGGACGGCUGUAUCCGACGGUACCCGCCAACGCAUGUCAGCCUAUUCAAAACCGCGUGCUGCCCGGCACCGUCCAGUUCGCGCUGAUUGCGCGCGGAGAUUGCUCGUUCGGGCGGAAGGUGCAGAAUGCGCAAUUCGCGGGGUACGCCGCUGCGGUCGUGUACAAUAACGAAUCCAACCAAGACCUCGCUAUAAUGACAGAGAAUCAGCGCAUGGGCAUCAUGAUACCCUCCGCCUUCAUCUCUCUCGAAGACGCGACCACCGUUCUCUCGGUCAUCCAGCCAUACCCCGAAACCAUAGCCAUCCUUUACCCCGCGCAGCCCUACUACACCACCUCGGCCUACUCCUGGUCCUUUAUCAUCUGGAUCUCCUCCCUCCUUGCUAUCGGCAUAAUGCUCCUCGCGUUUCUCUGCGUGUGCCGGUAUAGGAUUAGGAAUGCGGUGGCGGGAGCGGCGGCGGCUGCGGGGGUGAAUCCGGAUAUUCUGCCCAUUCAGCUGACCGUCUCGCCGGAUAAAAUGACUCUGGAGGAGGUUAUGGCGCUGCCCGAGAAAACUUUUCUGGGUUUGCCGAGUCUCAAACGGGCAGAGGCUGAAAAGAAGGAUGGCAGCAGCAGCAAGGGGGAUAAGAGUGAAGGGGUUGCAAAAGAGGAGGCUGACAGGAAGGAAGGGGCUAAAAAAGCUGAGGGGAGUACAGAGAGUGACUGUAACGAGCUGGGGAGCAGUCAGGAGAAACUCAAGGGGAAGCAUCAGGCAGAUGUUGUUAUAGUGAGUGAAGGGCGGAGGCCCUCGUGUGACCAUAUCCAAUGGGGGGACGUAGAGCUGGGCGGCUUUCCGGGUGUGGAGCUGAGUCGGCAAAGCAGUGUGCGAAGCAGAGUGUCUUUUCGCGGUGCGGAGGAGGGAGAGGAGGAGGAGGAUGGGGAGGAGGAGGUUAUUUACAGAAGCACGUGGGAAACGUGUGCGAUCUGCCUGGAGGACUAUGAGUGUGGCGACCGGCUGAGAGUCCUGCCAUGCAGUCAUGAGUUCCACAGUGAGUGUGUGGACGAGUGGCUGACAACCCGGCAGCCCUUCUGUCCUGUCUGCAAGCGCAUCGCUCGAACCCCGAAGAAAACACCCGGAGCAGAGGCGACCGCCUUAUCUGCCUCUUCAUCGUCAGCAUCCUCGUCGUCGAAUGAUUUGGAGAUGGCAAGUGACAUCCAGCUCUUUGUCGCAGCAUACGCUGCAUUCCCGCAGCACCGCACGAUAAUUGUCGCGGUUAGUGCCGUCGGAAGCCUGGUGCGCGGCGGUAAGAAGAAGGGAAAGGCCGUGCGACAUAAGUCGUUUGUCGCCGGCGACCCCGACCGUGGCGUGAAGCUUGAAUGGAGCGACAUCACGUGCCAGCUUCUCGAUAAGAAGGGAGAAGAGGUGAAGAAGCUAUUGGACGGGCUGAAUGGCAGCGCGAGGCCCGGUCGCCUGCUGGCGAUCAUGGGACCGUCGGGGUCCGGCAAGACGACGCUCCUCAACACUCUUGCGGGUCAGCUGCCUAAGAGCAGCAAGAUCGCGCUCUACGGAUCAAUCCGCGCUAAUGGCAUCCCCAUUGCGGAUUCAUGGCACAAGCAGGUGUACGUCCGGCAGGAGGACAUUUUCUUCUCGCAGCUGACGGUGCGGGAGACCCUGGUGACGGCGGCGAAGCUGCAGCUGCCCUCGUCCAUGUCGGACGCGGAGAAGGAGCAGCAUGUGGAGGAGCUGCUGCAGCACCUGGGUCUGGUGAACGCGGCGGGCACGAUAGUGGGCGACAACAAGACGCGCGGCAUCAGCGGCGGCGAGAAGAAGCGGCUGUCCAUCGCGUGCGAGCUGCUGGGUAACCCGUCCGUGGUGUUCGCAGACGAGCCCACCACGGGGCUGGACGCGUACCAGGCGGAGAAGGUCAUGCAGACGCUCAAGGACCUUGCUAAGGAAGGCCGCACGGUGAUUUGCAGUAUCCAUCAGCCACGUGGCAGCGUGUUUGACAUGUUUGACGACAUCAUGGUGGUUGCGGGCGGCAAGCUCGUCUACUCGGGACCUGCUGGGGACACUUGCCUGGAGUACUUCAAGAGUCAGGGGCACGAGUGCCCGCUGCAUUCCAACCCGGCAGAGUUCCUUUCAGACCUGGUCGGCACCGACCACUCCUCCCCCGACACCGAAGCCCAGUCCGCCACCCGCAUCUCCCGCCUCAUCCAAGCCUUCGCCGCCCACUCCACCGCCCAGGCCGACACCAGCGCCGCCCUGGCCGUCUCCGCCGCCCUCCAGGCCAGCCUAGGAGAUGAUGACGAGGAGGAAGAGGGGGAGGGGCAGAAGCGAAAGAAGACCCUCGGGCUGUCCGCAGCCAAGUCAGAUGCGGACGGGGCAGGCUUCUGGCAGCAGUUCAAAAUCCUCUUAGUCCGAGCCUGGCGCCAAACCACCCGCGACCGCGCCACCAACGUGGUCCGAGCCAUGAUGAACCUCACCUCAGCAGCCAUCUUCGGAUCCAUCUUCUGGCGCAUGGGCUUCGGACAGUCCACCAUCCAGGACCGCAUGGGACUCCUGCAAGUCGCGGCAAUCAACACCGCCAUGGCUUCUAUCACCAAGACGCUGAAUGUGUUUCCCAAGGAGCGGCAGAUAGUAGAGAGGGAGAGGGCGAAAGGAGCGUAUGCGGUAGGCCCGUAUUUUCUGUCCAAGCUGGUCGCUGAGCUGCCUGUGACGGCGUUUUUUCCCCGCGCUGUUCUCGGUGGUAUGCUACCCUAUGACCGGUCUGCACCGCACAAUACCCAGGUGAGAGGCAUGAUGCUGGCCCGUUCAGUAGAGAGGGAGAGGGCGGAAGGGGCGUAUGCGGUGGGGCUGUAUUUUCUCUCCAAGCUGGUGGCUGAGCUGCCCGUGACGGCGUUUUUCCCCGCGCUGUUCUCGGUGGUGUGCUACCCGAUGACCGGUCUGCACCGCACUAUACCCAGGUUCCUCAAGUUCAUGGGAGCAACCACGGUGGAGUCAUUCACCUCAUCAGCCAUGGGCCUCACGGUGGGGUGCAUCGCCCCCACUGUCGAGGCAGCCAUGGCCCUCGGCCCCUCCAUCAUGACGGUCUUUAUCGUCUUCGGAGGGUACUACGUCAACCCCGACAACACACCAGUCAUCUUCCGCUGGAUCCCCAACACCUCCCUCAUCCGCUGGGGCUUUGAGGCGCUGUGUGUGAACGAAUUCGACGGACUGACCUUUGAGGCAACCAAGCCAACAGAUCUGAGCACGGGCAAGCAGGUGUUGGAGCGCCUCUCCUUCUCCGAUAGCUCCGUGGCCAAAUCCGUGCGCAAGGAGGUGCAGAUCAUGCUCGGCUGGUACUGGGCUUCUGCCUACCUGCUCCGGAAAAAGACCCCCGAGUUUACUAAGCUGCUGCCGGUGUCUAAGCUGCAGGGGAAGGUGCGGGGGACUGAGUCUGGUAAGGGGGUUGAGGAGGGGACGAGUGUGAAGAGCAGUGUGGUUAUAGAGGAGGUGAUUGAAGCGAAGGAGGAGAGUGUGGUGGCGACAGAAGAGGUGACAGCAACGACAGUUACCACCACCACCAGCAGCAGCACCACCACCAGCAGCACCACAAUCACCACUGCUGCUACCACCGUUGUCACUGGGUCGGCCAGUGUGGAGGUUGAAACCACUGAAGAGGAAUUCGUCGAGGCUGAAUCAUAG